GGGCAACAAGGGGCCACACACACUGCUGGGAAAGAGAGAGAGAGAGAGGGGGUGAGGAUAGUGGGAGUGAGACAACAGGACGAGCUAGAGAGGGGACAAAGAGAGAGGGACAGCGGUGGGAGACAGGACACUGGGUCGGAGGAGAGGAAGAAGAGGGACGGGAGAUGACGAAGGGGCGGACGUUUCAGACGGAGCUGACGGAGCAGAGGACGGAGAGGGUUUACGGGUCUGAUAAGGACACGUGAUGCUGAUCGUCUUUGUGCGAGGAGACAGACAGCGUGACGUUCCCCAAAGGUAGGGAGCAAAAGUCGGACAUCUCACUCCCGGGGCUUUAGGGGAAACCAGAGGCAGCUUCAUGAAGUCUGUCCCCGCCGGUGAAGCAGCAGAAGGCGGAUGGGCGUGCGGAUGUGGACGGAUGCAACAUGAAUGAUCUGAAGUGUGAUGUUUGAGGGGAGAAGAACCGGCCUGAUCCGAGCCCGUGGAUGUACGACGACCCACCUGUCCAAGGAGAGAAGGGGCGACACUACUACUUUUUAAGAAUACUCCAAGAAGAGUUUGGAAUAGUUACCAACAUCCUGGGACUUUUCUCUCCACGUGGACACCAGGAUUUUUUUUAUUCACAGUCAGAACUUCUCGUUUGAGCGUUUGACCUGAGCUCCUCCUAAAGAAGAAGAGGGUGAUCCUUCAUCCAAAGAUUUAAAGGCUCGCUGUCCGUUUGAGGUUCACAUCUCUCUCAACGCCCACUACUAAAAACUACAUAUCAUCCCUGUGUGCUGUUUCUUGCAAAAACCUGCACUGCCUUCUCUUUAAGGCUAACAGGAAGUUAGCAUGAAGCAGGAACAUCUGGUACACUGAGUUUCAACAUCUGCACAAAGCUAUUACUCUUCCACCUGAAAGCUUGAAAUAAUGUUGAACCAAACAUUUGGAAUGUCCUUAUAAGCCUGAACGUCCUACAUGUUACUGUAUAAAACCUGGAACCUCCUUUAAGCUUAAAAUAUUCACUCCUCACAGCUUCUAAAACAUCCUAAAUGUGGAUUAUUCUACUACGAACUCGUAUUAAGGCUGUAUAUAAGGUUAUGGUUGUUUUAAAACCAGAUUUGGCAGGAAGUUACACAUCUAUAAAGGACCUCUGCUAGAAAAAAGAAAGGAUAAUUACAAUCUGUCCUCGAGGUGGAACCUGUAUUUAAUGACAAAAAUACACCAAAGACAAUCUUUUUUCUUCCAAGCAGCGACUCUCUUCUUCUACCAGGAUGUUAAAAACCAACACAAAGUGCUUCUGGUCUUCAUGACGGUGAAAGAAAAUGCUAAGUGGAGCGUUUUCUACCACCGGUAAACUUACGCAAGUCUGGAAAAACAAGAAAAAAGAAAGUCAAGUUUAAACUGUCGCCGUCUGUGAUUUUUCCGCGCCGAGCGUCUGCAGCAUGGGACUCAGCUGCUUCAAGUCCUGGAAACAUGACAGCACAGGCCACAAAGGAAACAGAGACGUGUUGGCCAGCCCGGGGUCCUACUUCUUCCUCUCGAACAGCGCCGGUCAGGGCGACGAGUGGCUGAAGAGCCUCAACAAGGGGGUCUGGAUCCCUUUUACAGGAGUCUUUGGGCAGCGUCUGGAGGAGACGGUGCUCUAUGAGCGGCGGUACGGGCUGCGUUUGGUUCCUCUGGUGGUGGAGCAGUGUGUGAACUUCAUCCGGGAGUGCGGGCUGCACGAGGUGGGCUUGUUUCGCCAGCCGGGACAGGCCAGUCUGGUCAAAGAGCUGCAGGAGGCCUUCGACGCGGGAGAGAGGCCGUCCUUCGACAGUAGCACAGACGUCCACACGGUGGCGUCACUGCUAAAGCUGUACCUCCGACAGCUGCCAGAGCCCCUGGUUCCUUACAGACGCUACCAGGACUUCCUGCUGUGUGGUCAGAAGCUGUCGAUUGAACGCACUCUUGUUUUGGUAGAGUUAAGAAACCUUCUUCACGAGUUGCCAGUUGCAAACUUCAACCUACUUAACUUUAUCUGCCAGUUUCUAAACGAGGUCCAGAGUUUCUCCAGCAGUAACAAGAUGAGCGGACAGAACUUGGCCACUGUGUUUGGACCGAACAUCCUCCGAGCCAAAGCUGAGGACCCACAAAGCAUCAUGGGAGGUGCGGCCCUGGUCCAGGUGCUGAUGUUGGAGCUGAUCAGAGAGCACGAGUCUCUGUUUGCCAAAGUGCCCCCGACCGCCCGCGCUCUCCCACCGCGAGGCUCGCAUCGCUCGCCCGGCGCCCUGAGGCAGCCUCACCUCCAACCGCCGCUCUGCCUCCGCCAGCUGUCGAUGCCUCUCAUCGCGGAGCGCUCCGCAGAGGCGGGGCCGCCCUCCGCCGACGGACAGAACCUCGGUUGUGUCUUCUCUGCUGCUGCCAAAUCGGACCUGUCCUUUGGCCAGAAGAGAUUUCUCGGCCAUCGCUACACCUCGUCCCACCCAGAGAACUGCUUCUACCCCGUGCCAUCCUCCAGUCAGCCCCUUCAACACCAUUCCGACCGACACAACGUGGAUUAUCGCCAGCGGCACGUCGGGCGAGGACCGUCCUCUGCCAAUGUUGACCCAGGAGAGGCAGACGCUGGUUUCUGGAGGCCCGGUGGCGCAGAGGAAGAGGGUGCAGCGCCAGGACCGGCCAGCGGGGGGAGCAGCGAGGCCCAGGAGGACAGCAACCUCUCUGCCUACGACAACCUGGACGGAGAGUCUCUACGUCACAGGAUGGAGGACGCCGGGCAUUUUGAAAGCGACCACCCACGAGGCCACAUCGGACCUCGCGGGGAGGAUGCGGCGGUGGAGGGGAUGGGGCAUUCAAGGGACUCCUCGUCUUCGUGGUCUUCCUGCGAGGUUCUCCCGUUGGACGAGGGCGGUGAGGCCAUGGCCCUGGUUUUUCCCGACGCAUCACCAAAGACACUGACGACCCCAGAGCGGGUGGCGGGAGGGGAAAACGCCGGCAAUGACCAUCCUGGAGACUGCAACGACAGUGAUGAUAACGAUGAGGACAAUUAUGGCGGUGAUGACGCCGUCCACCACCUUAACUCCCCAGCUUCCUGUUCCGCAGCCAGUGACAGCCCUCUCAGUACGGGCAGCUCAGAGGUGUUCCUCCCCUCUGGUCCUCCAGCCCUCCGGGGGCCUGAGCCCGAGUCAAAGCCCGGGGAUGCUCAUUCAACCCUGGCCGAGCUGCAGCAUCAGAUGGCCCAGCAGAAAGCAGAGUACCAGACCAGGAUACAGAGGUUGGAGCGCUGCAACGACGUGCUGGAGCGCCAGGUGGCGGUUCUGCGGGUCAGCCUGGAGCGGCAGAAGCGCAGCCGAAGCGUCGCCCAGAUCAAAGUCCGCAACAUGGAGCGAGCCAAGGCGGACGCCGACCUCCGAAACGAAACGCUGCAGAGAGAGAUGCAGCUGUUCUUCCAGAUGUACGGAGAGUCCAGGAGAAGGGGAGGGGACGAGAUAGGAAGAGGAGGCCGAGGAAGUCUCUGAGGAUGGAUGGGAGGUGUGAGGGUGGUGCAGAAGAGGAUGUGACAGAAAGGGGUGGGGAUACAGAGAAUGAAAGGAGAUGAUUGGGAACUUGAUCAAUAAGUGGGAAUUUAGAGGCAUCAAACCAUGACGGAAUUUAAGGAGCUUGUCAAUCCAGAAGCCAAAACUGUUUGGAGGUUGAACCCACAGUGCCUUCUACUAAAGAACAGAAAACUUUUUUUCAGGGAGUUGAGGUAUUAUUCAACAUAAAGGUCACUUUUGAGAAGACAAAGUUACUUCCGAACUGUUCAAAGACCUUUUCAAGAUGUCUGAAUACCACUACUGAUCUCAGAUGAGGAAAACAGACGAUCAGAGAUGCUGAGUCCAUCGUCAGGUUCACACUAGAGCGGGUCUUUCGGAAAAGUUCCUUGUACCUUUUAAUGGCAUCGUCCAAAAGCACCAGAAAGAGUUUUUGCUAUCGAAAUGGAACGGACGAGACACCGAUCUCUAAACCGACAAGCCACACGGCAAUUCGGCACGUCGUGUUGUUGAUUUCAGUUUGAGAGACAGACGACAGGAACAUAAGUUCGGUUUACUUUGCAUGAAGAAAACACUUCUACGCUCAACUAGGAAAAUAAACUGAGUUAAAAUCAGUGAAUCUUUUAAUGUGUUUUUCACUUGUUAAACCUUCAUGACGCCCAACAUGAUGAUGAGAUCUAUUAGUUAAACACAGAGGUCUGCUGGGAAAUACAGUACUAAUGGAGAAGAGAAAACCAUGAAUGUUUCUUUUUUAUUUGUGAAAGAAUGUGACAAGUGACAGAUCCACAGCGAAUAUUUAAAUGUCAACAGUCCUGCUUUGUCAAAUAUUACGCAAAAUAGGUUGCAAUCAGACACAGACUCUUGUUCGACUGAUGACAACGUAACAUUUAUUUAUUCAGAGACAGUAUAAACAAAGGGAAAUGUCUCUCUGCCAUCCACUGG